CGGUUUCCGUAACACGAGACUGAAUUUACAGUCUGGGAAAGUUUCUGCAGAGCAUGAAUAUUUAAUAAGGAAGAGGAUCUCCUAUGCACUUCACCUCCUGAUGCUGCAAGUUAAUACUGUGUGCCUCCUAGUGUGCCUGCAGCUCCAUGGUUUACACUAGACUCAAAUGUGAGUCAGUGACGGGAAAUUGUCUAGUGUUAUGCAACAGACUGAAUGUGAGCCGUGCUGUUCAUCCAAAGAAAUUAAAGCUGAAGAAGAACAAAAAGGAUGAGAGCCAUCCAGCUCCUUGUCCUCAUUCUCUCUGGCCUGGUGGGGGCUCAGCAGCAGGCCCUUAUGGACUACUUGGAGAGAAGACUCCUUGCUAUUGAGGAUCGCAUCUCCUUGUGGCAUGAGCAGACCAGCCGCUACGCCUCAGAGCUGCGCGAGUUCAAGCAGCAGAUGGUGGCACAGCUAGAGGGCCUGGACAAGAGCAAGGAGGUGCUGCAGAGCGAGUUGGAGACAGUGGGUACACGCGUAGACCGCGUGGAGAGAGAGAUGGACUACCUCGAAACACAGAAUGGAGUGCAGCCUUGCGUGGACGUGGAUGACAAGCUGGUGGAGCAGCAGGUGACGGUUGUCAAGGAGAGGAAUAAAGCCAAAUACGCCAAGCUCACAGACUGCAGUGACAUGAUCUCCAGCAUCAAAGCCAUGAAGAUUCUCAAACGAGUGGGUGGCGCUAAGGGAAUGUGGACCAAAGAUAUGGGAAGUGGCACUGGGAAGGUGUACAUCUUAAAUGGGACUGAGGAUAAUACAGUGUAUGAAUUUGGUACAGUCCGUGAAUUCACUUCCUCCCAAGGCACUUCUGCGGCCACCAGCAUCCAGCUCCCUUCGUCCUGGGGUGGUAUGGGUCAUGCCAUCUACAACAACCAGCUGUACUAUCUGAAGCAGGGUGAGGAGAUGAAACUAAUGAAGUUUGAUCUUCAGAAGAACAUAGUUGCAGACAGUGCCGUGUUUCCAGCUAAAAACCAUCUCCCAGUGUACAGCCUGAAUCCAGAGACAUUCAUCGAUUUAGCAGUUGAUGAAGAGGGUCUGUGGGCUAUCUAUGCCACUCAGGAGAAUGAGAGGUACAUCUCUUUGGCCAAGAUAGACUCUAAAACACUAGACAUUGAGCAGAUGUGGGACACUCCUUGUUUGAGGGAGAACGCAGAGGCAGCAUUCGUCAUCUGUGGUACUGUUUACGUGGUCUACAAUUCCAAACUUCCAAGCCGCUCUCGAAUUCAGUGCGUGUUUGACGUUGGUGACAUGGUCACAAAUGAUGACGCUCCACAUGUACACUUUCCCAAACGAUACGGCACUCAUGCCAGCAUCAAAUACAGCCCUGUGGAGCAGCUGCUUUAUGCUUGGGACGAUGGCUAUCAAAUUCUCUACAAACUUCAAAUGAAAAAGAAGCUGGAGGUGUAAAAGUUGUACUGAAGCCUGAGGAAAGCAGAGCUGGAGAGAAAAUGCCCAUGUUAUUGGCUUACUUUAUCUUAUGCAACCCAGCUGGGUCACACAUCAAUACGUUGAGCUUUGUAGUUACAAAGAGAGCACAACAUAUGAUUGAUUUGAUACAGGUUCAGUUGUUUACUAGAGAUUAAUGUACUGGGCUCAAGAAGACCCAUUUUAACUUUGUUUGCCAGGAGCAGAACAAAUAAAAUGAUUUUAUAUAUUAUGUUGACAUGAAAUGUGCUGGUAAUAAAUAAUUGUACAAAGACUAUAA